UAAAUGGACAUAACCAUUAAAUAAAAUUAUUAGCCCAAGUUUAUUUACUUAUGAAGCCCAUUUACAUCCCCAAUUAAAAUUCAAAACCGCCGUUCUCACUUCUAUCUUCUUCUCCAAAUAUUCUGCAUUUCUCUGCAAGUUCUUCCUCCCAAACUAUGUUUGUCGCCAAAAUUGGACCAGUGCAACGCCAUAUUUGAGUCAUUGCUGUACAUAAACGCAAAAUAAGGACAAAAUGGAAUGCGAUUGGAGUAUGGUUGGAGAGAGCGAGGUGCAGCCUUUUCAGUCGCUUGUCUGUCUAGGGCUUAUAGCCAAAACCGACCGCACCUGAAGUUAUCGCUAUCUGUUCGGUGUAUCAAGUAUUUCGAUUUCUGUUCGGUCAAAUAUUUUGGAGAAUUUAGGUCGAUCAGUUUGGUUUUAACCGAAACCGAGCGGUGCUCUGCCCUAAUUGAUACAUUUGAGGAGGGUUUGAAAAUUUGAAUUAUAGAAUGGAGCCUCUAACAGUAUUAGUGGAUGAGCUCAAACGGCUUGCCACAACAGCGCACGACUUGGCUCACGGCCUCCUUAACUCUGGCCGCCGCCAUAGCCCGAUUGAUAUCUUGAAGCGGUUACAACGAGAAGCCUUUUCAGAUAUCAUGAAACUCAGGGAUAGGCAAGACAAGGUAGAGAGGCUACUCACUUUCUACAAAUCUUCCAAGGGAAGUCCAUUCCAGGAAUCCGGCACUCAUGUGAGGGGGAAUGUGAAUGUACUAGGGGCAUUCUUCGUUAUGGAUGAUGUUGACGAGCAUAAAUACGAUGCCAUUCAAAGAUCUGCUUUUAGAAAUGGUAUUGAUGCUAGGCUGAGAUUUGAAACUGAUGUAAGGGAGAAAGAUAAACUUGUAGCAGAAUUUUCUGCCAAUGGCAAAGGUCAAGGUGAUAUGCUGGGCGGUUCACUUUCUCUUGCAAAAGUUCUCUAUGCUGCACAUUUUAAUGAUUGGUUCUCUGCCGUUGCAAUACCAAUGGGCGCACAAUGCGGAGAUGUUGCAUUCCCAACAAGUACUCAUCAGGAAAGAGGAGUGACUAGCUAUUCUGCUAGUGGACCUCCAUUUCUGUAUCAGCAUAGUGGCAGCGCGAUUGGUAUAGCCGUGAGAAAAAUGAACAUUGUUGCGUCCAUGGCACAGUUUGUAUCCAAUUUUGCGAUGCAGGAUAAUGCAGAUGGAUUGGGGUGUUCCUUGAGCACGUUUGGACAGAUUGUCUGGGAUCUCUCUAGAAACACGAAGCUCUCACUUUUGGGUGUGCACAGAGAGUCCAGGCCAUCAGGUCAAAAUAUCAACCUUGGAGCAUUGGCAUUCCCCCUCAGCAUAUUUAGACGUCACAGAUUUUCAGAUACGUCUGCACAGGAGGAAGAUCAACCAAGACGUAACUCUAAUGGCUCCAUUGCUCUGAUGUUUAACUCAGAAAUUGAGGACAGUACAAGGAUAGGAGGCUGGAUAGAGACCAAAAACUCCAACCCCGGACACCUGCAGUGGGCUGUGACAAUGUCUGAUACUCCAGAAGAAGAGCUCGGAUGGGGUUUGACCUUGGGCGGGACGUUGCAAGGUCCAAAACAGUUGGAACAUUUUCAGAUGGAGACAUUCUUGAACAUGAAUAUCGGUAAAAAUUUGACUCUGCGACCAGGUCUUGUAUAUGUGAAGGACGGAGUAACCCAGUUUCCGGCCCUAACGAUCCAUUCCAGCUGGUCCCUAUAGCUGUUGCUCUCCAUUUUGUGAUGUAUAUUUCUCUUGUUGCCGACAAAAACAUGGAAAUCACAUGUGAGCCAUUGAUGUUAUGAACUGUGUUUAUGGUUUCUUGCAAGUUGAAGCAAAACUGGUGAAGAGGUGAAGAUAUAGCCUUAUUUUAGAAAAAGCCAGAAAAGGUGAUUACUUUUUAUAA